AUGGAUGCAAGUACAAACAUCACUUCAACACCGCCCAUCGAUCCUCCUGCAAGAUCAGGCUGGCCCCUGCCCGUACAGAUCGUCUUCGGUGUCAUAGCCAGCGGAGCGACUCUCGUUACUCUCCUGGGUAACGCCUCCGUGGUUCUCGCCUUCACCCGCACCCGUCGUCUGCACACCUACGCCAAUAUCUACAUCGUCAGUCUAGCCCUAACCGACUUUUUCGGCGAGUUUUCAGCCGUCCCACUUCGCCUUAACUGGGUGCUUGGGUACUGGCCCGACGGCCUGGGAGACAUCGGUUGCACUGCGCGCAACUGGUCAGGCACAUACUUUUACCACCUGGGUUACUUGUUAGUUUUGGUCAUUUCGCUUGACCGGUAUUUCUCAGUGGCCUACCCCAUUAGGCAUCUGACCUACCGCUCGACCAAAGUUGCUCUGUGUGUUAUUUCUGGAGCUGUCGCCAUCGUGAUCGUUCUGUGGACCCCGUUUUUUACCUAUUGGGAAUUUGUUUACGACGGGGACUUCAGACGAGUGCAAGGUCUGUGCUACCCUCUUUACCUAAGUAACAUUUACGUCACUGUAGGCGCGAUUUGCACCCAAACAUGGCUGCCGAUCCUGUUGAUGGUGACCGUCUAUGUGAAGGUGUACCGCAUAGCCCGAGGUGCCAUUUCCAGAAAGACGAUUCGAAUAUCGGAAAGCAAAGCAAUGACAUCCGCGUCAAGUAACGCAGGUCUGGAGAGCGUCGACAUAAAAAUCUGCGAAACAGCAGCUCGGGUAAAUCCCUCCUUUGAACCCGACGAUAAAGAUUUAGCAAGCGACCCUAGCAGUUCUGGACAGAAUCGCGUAUCGGCAAACGCUCAUGGCUCGCGAACGGUCAUGCCCGAUUCAGAAUCGGGAAUCGCAGACAACGGGCCAAUUCGGAAGGAGGCACUCUCCAAGCUGAAGAAGAAUCAAGAGAAGAAGGCACUGCGUACCCUGACUCCCAUCUUCAUAUCCUUCAUGGUGUCUGGUCUACCCUGGGCCAUCAUUGCUAUCGUCUAUGUCUUUUGCCAAACAUGUUCACCGACCAUUGUAAAUGAGUCGGCAGUGUUUCUGGCUCGUACCAGCAGCACCAUGAACCCGUUCUGCUACGCCGCUGUCAACCCCCUCUAUCGGCAAUAUUUCCUCAAGAUCGUCGGCGCCAAGAACCGUCGGAAACAACGAUGAUUUUGU